AUGAAGACUUUUUUCCCCUCUGAGUCUGGUAAAGAAUCACAGCUCAAUGCUCUCAAUCCACAGUCUUGGCUCCAGGUUGAAAGGGGGAAGCUUCCCAAGCUUCCAUCAAACUCCUCCUCUUCUUCCAUAGAAUCUCUUAUCAAGGUCCCUGAGCCUCCAGUACUCCCAUUCUUUAAGCCCGUUGAUUAUGUAGAAGUUUUAGCUCAAAUUCAUGAAGAACUUGAGUUGUGUCCUCCAGAAGAGCAGUCGAACCUUUAUUUGUUACAAUUUCAGGUCUUUAGGGGUCUUGGAGAAGUCAAAUUGAUGCGAAGAAGCCUCCGUGCAGCUUGGCAGAAAGCCAGCUCCAUUCAUGAGAAGCUCAUAUUUGGAGCAUGGUUAAAGUACGAGAAGCAAGGGGAAGAGCAUAUUUCUGACUUGCUCGUGACCUGCGAUAAAUGUGCACAUGAAUUUGGGCCAGUAGAUAUUUUGACUGAGCUUCCUAUUGAUGCAACUGUGAGUAGUACCCAUGAGAAUAUUUCAAUGAAUGGGAACCAAAUAUCCAGAAAUGUCAGUUUUAGAAUUGAAGAUGAGAAAAUAGAUUGUGACAGGCAGAAAAUAUCGAGUCUUUCUGCUCCAUUUCAUGCCAUGCUUAAUGGGUGUUUCUCGGAAUCACUUAGAGAGGACAUAGAUUUGUCGCAAAACAAUAUCACUGCAUCAGGUAUGAGGACAAUCAAAGAAUUUAGUAUGACAGGUAGCUUGAAUGAAGUCCCUACUCAUCUUUUAUUGGAAAUACUAGUUUUUGCAAACAAAUUUUGUUGCGAAAAGCUCAAGGAUGCCUGUGACAGGAAACUUGCAUCCGUGGUGUCUUCUAGAGAAGAUGCAGUAGAACUCAUGGAAUAUGGUCUUGAAGAGAAUUGUCCUGUCCUUGCUGCGUCAUGCUUACAAGUUUUCUUAAAUGAUCUUCCUGAUUGUUUGAAUGACAGCCGAGUGGUGGAAAUAUUCAGGGGUGCUGAUAAACAACAAAGAUUGAUCAUGGUUGGGCUAGCUUCGUUUUCGCUGUACUGUUUAUUAAGUGAAGUUUGUAUGAACCUUGAUCCUCAGUCAGAUAAAACAGCUUGUUUCCUGGAGCGGUUGGUAGAUUUUUCUGAAAAUGAUAGGCAAAGAAUGCUGGCAUUCCAUCAGUUGGGAUGUCUGAGGCUCUUGAGAAAAGAGUAUGACGAAGCUAAGCAUCUUUUUGAGGCAGCUUUAAAUGCAGGCCAUAUAUAUUCAGUUGCAGGUUUAGCUAGGCUGAGUUACAUUAAGGGCCAUAAACUUUGGUCUUAUGAAAAGAUGAGCUCUGUAAUCUGCUCUCUUACCCCACUUGGAUGGAUGUAUCAGGAGAGGUCAUUAUACUGUGAAGGUGAUAAGAGAUGGGAAAACCUUGAGAAAGCAUCUGAGCUGGACCCAACUCUCACUUACCCUUACAUGUAUCGGGCGGCUACAUUAAUGAGAAAACAGAAUGUUCAAGCUGCGCUUGCCGAAAUUAAUCGAGUUCUGGGGUUUAAACUUGCAUUAGAAUGCUUGGAACUACGGUUUUGUUUCUAUCUUGCCCUCGAGGAUUAUCAGUCAGCCAUUUGUGAUGUUCAAGCAAUUCUUACUCUCUCCCCAGAUUAUAGAAUGUUUGAGGGACGAGUGGCAGCAUCCCAACUUCGUACACUUGUGCGUGAGCAUGUAGAAAAUUGGACAACAGCAGAUUGUUGGCUGCAAUUGUAUGAUCGGUGGUCUUCAGUUGAUGAUAUUGGUUCCCUCUCUGUUAUUUACCAGAUGCUUGAAUCUGAUGCAGCAAAAGGUGUUCUGUAUUUCAGGCAGUCAUUGCUUCUUCUCAGGUUGAACUGUCCUGAAGCAGCAAUGCGAAGUUUACAAUUAGCUCGUCAACAUGCAUCCAGCGAGCAUGAAAAGUUGGUUUAUGAGGGGUGGAUCUUGUACGAUACAGGUCAUUGUGAGGAAGGGCUCCGCAAAGCAGAGGAAUCUAUCGAAAUUAAAAGAUCCUUUGAGGCCUUCUUUUUGAAAGCCUAUGCACUGGCAGACUCUAGCCAAGAUCCGUCUUGUUCAUCAACUGUUGUAUCUCUCCUUGAAGAUGCCUUGAAGUGCCCCUCGGACAGGCUGCGGAAAGGUCAGGCACUGAACAACCUUGGAAGUGUUUACGUUGACUGUGCAAAGUUAGACUUGGCAGCUGAUUGCUACAUAAAUGCUCUGAAGAUCAGGCAUACCCGAGCCCACCAGGGGCUUGCUCGGGUUCACUUUCUCAGAAACGAUAAGGCUGCUGCAUAUGACGAAAUGACCAAACUGAUUGAGAAGGCACGGAAUAAUGCAUCUGCCUAUGAAAAGAGGUCUGAAUACUGUGAUCGUGAACUCACAAAAACUGAUCUAGAGAUGGUCACCCGCUUAGAUCCACUUCGGGUGUAUCCUUACAGAUAUAGAGCUGCAGUGUUGAUGGAUAGCCACAAAGAACAAGAGGCCAUUGCAGAACUAUCAAGAGCAAUUGCAUUCAAGGCUGACCUCCACCUUCUGCACUUGCGGGCUGCAUUCCAUGAGCACACCGGGGAUGUCAUGGGUGCUUUGCGAGACUGUCGAGCUGCUCUGUCUGUCGACCCAAACCAUCAAGAGAUGCUGGAGCUUCAUAGCCGUGUAAACAGCCAUGAACCAUGA